CUGAGGAAUUGGUUACCGGAUUGUAGUAGCGGUGAUUUUAAGUUUUGGCGUUGCGAUGGAUGACUCUCGCAACUUUUUACUGGACUAGUUUAGCUGUCAAAGAUGAUGAAUAUUCCUAAAAAAGUCAAUAUAAUUGUACAGCGUGGGGAAAAUUUGGAAUACACUUCGUCACUUAAAAAAGCCUCUAAAAGUCGUCGAUGGCGCGUUAUAUUUUUGGGUGGAGAGGUUAAAUUAGCCUCAGAGUAUGUUGAUGCAGAAGAUGGUCGUCCAAUAUGGGAUUGUGAAGUAACAUUAGAUUUGAUUAGUCCAUCAGAUCCAGUUACUUUACUUGUUGUCGAUGGAGAUAAUCAUCAUAUCGGUCAAGUUGAUAUCCCCUUAAAUCAAGUUCCCCAAACUGGCAAUCCAAAUUUCGACUUAUCACGGUUAUGUUAUUCUGAUUUAAAAGCGAAGCGAAAAAAUUCUAAUGCACAUGGACGUUUAGUUUAUUGGAUUUGGGCUAUUGACUAUUGGCCUCCAGGAACUCAAGCUAAUACUGUACAUCAUUCUAAAUCACUACGUGGUUCACUUACAAAUCUUAGUUCGAAAAUACGUUCAAAAUCUAAGCAUAGAUCCAAAAAUGAUAAUGAGUAUACUAAUGGUUAUCAAAAAAGGGAAAUUAAUGGUUCAUCGGCUACUUUACAAGUACCCGGUAUGUCAUAUAAUCCAUUUGAAAAUGAUGGUACUCUAAGUGAAUUCAGUGGACCAAUGGGUUUACCACCAAUGUAUCAAUCACAUUCAAAUAGUCCAUAUGCUCAAUCAGAAUUUGGUGGAUCACUUGCAGGCAGUAUAAAAUCAACUAAACAAAAAAAUAUGUUGAAGAAAUUUAAAUCGAAACUUUCGCAUAGUACACUUAAUUUGGCUGAAGCUGCAGCUAAAAAAGCUGCUGGGAAAGAUCCUUACUUUCAAAGUCUUGAAAAAGGAUCAAAAUCAAAUUUAAGAGGGAGUCAAUCAUCUAUUGGCGGGACAUCUUAUCGAGCCUCAACUUCUCAAUUAGAUAUUUCUACUCGUCUAGUCAGUGAUAAUGGUGGUGGUUACCCAUCACAAAGUUUGUAUCCUCGUCAAGAUUCAGGUAAAUCAAGGAUAUCAGCCAGUUCAUAUUUAGAUGAGCAAGGUGUUGCAACACCUAUUCAGCAGCGAACUGAUGGAGUUGGUGAAGUUUCAGCGGCACCUUUUGAGUCACCUGGUAGUUUUCAUACUUCAGCAUUUGGUGCUCAACCUGAUGAUCGACCUAGUAAACCUAUUGAAGAUAUGACAAAGCGUGAAACAGCUGAAUAUGUGACACAUUUACUAAAAUCGUUACAGACUGCUCGAACAGAAAUUACCCGUUUACAAAUAGAAAAUGAUCGAUUGACUGGUCAUUCACAUGAAUCUGAACGAGAAUUAAAUGAAGUUCGUAUGACUUGGCAACAUUACGCAAUCGUCUAUUAGAAGACAAUCUUACACAAUAUCUUGAAUUGCCUCGUGAAACCAAUGGUUACAUGGGUAUUGGAAGUAGCAGAGUAGAUAGUGUUAUUGGUCUUAGUGUGCGUAAUAAUACUGGUAUAAUGAACAAUGCCAAUCCAUUUGACAAUGUACGACAUGAAAAUACUAUUGAACCCCAAUCAUUUUUGUCGAAAAUCUCCUCUCUAGGAAUGAAUGCUCGUUUAGGAAAUAUCAUUCCACCGACAAAUAAUCAAUUACAAACAAAUGGAAACAGUGCUAAUUUUGGUGGGGGAGGAUGGUGGUAAACAACUAAUCCAUAGAAAAAUAAAUAAUAAUUUGAAUGAAUUGGAUUAUUACACUCCCCGAGCUCUACUUUGAUUUUGUUUUAGAUAAUUGAAUCACCUUGACCUUGUAAUGAAAAAUACUUUCGUGUGUUUGUAUGUGCUUGAAUGAUCCUAUUUGCUCAUUUGUAUGAUUAUUUUUUCUAUUUAUUAUUGUUUUCUUGACGUAAGCGGAGGUGAUUUUGUACUUAGGUCUAUAUGUAUAUGCUGUUCGCAAAGUAAAAAAAAAAACAUUUCAGGUUGAAAUGUCUUUCAACAUUAUUACUAUUAUUGUUACUGACUAUUAUUAUUAUUAUUAUUCCUAUUAUUCUGCUUCCAAAUAUUACUAUGUUUAUUUUAUUUAAACAAUAUCGAGGCUAUAGAUGUGACAAAAAAACAUAUGAACACAGACAAGCGCAUUGAUUAACACAUAUCCAUUCACUAUUGUUCAACAGCUUUGGUGAAAUAGAGUAACUAUUUUAAAUGGUAAAUCUACAUUUUAGCGCAUCUACUAAAUACAAAUUCAGAGGUUAUAAUCCAUUGUACCAUAAUAAUGAAAUAAAUUUUUGUGUUUUUUUUUAAAAAAAAUUUCUUAUCUACAGAAGAUCUGUGAUAUUCAAUUGUCUGUGUUUCUAUUCCUAACGAGAACAAUAUUUAAUUGCUCAAUGUUCAAUAGAAUGCUGCCAUCAUUCCUUCUAGAUAAACAUUUUUCAUUUACACUUAUUCACAUUAUCGUAUAUUCUCAUUCUUUUAUUAUCUUUACUGACAAUGUUUCAUUUCUGUGUUGUCUUCUAUCUUCUCUUAAAUAUUUCUUUCUCCAAAAAGAACUCCUUAUUACUUUACUUCCUAUCAGAUAAUUUUCACAUGCAAAUUUGAUAAUGUUGUCACAUUUCAUUAAUAAUUUUCUAAAGAAAAAAGAUUUCCUUUUAUCCAGGGUUUACUAAUUGAGAAAGUUUCUUUUUUUCUUUUUUUUUAAAUUGAAGAAAAAUGUUGUUUCUAUGUUUUAGUAAAAUAAAUUUUUUGUUUGAUUUUAUCC